ACGAGCUAUUAGCACAACCAUUCCAAUCAGUGGCGAGGAGUAAUGCAGGCAGGUAGGACGUGUUUUAAGCUAGUGACUUUUUAUACGCGUCAUCGGCAGUGGAAUCAAAUCUCUGAAAAAAAUUAUUAGGAACUGGAGUGAACCAGAAGGUGUUUAGGAGCUAGGGCAUCAUAAGACGUCCGACAUAAAAAAUCUGUUAACUAUAGAAUAUCCAGUUAGUAUUCUUGUAAUUAAUGGACAAGUAUAUCAAGCAUUUGCUUUAAAACAGGUUGGACUUUUUCGGUGUACAGGAUAUGAUUAGAGCGACAUCUUGGAAAUAUUUUCUACGAUUACAGCCAGUCGAAUUGUAGUAAGCAAGACAUUCAGAGGUGAAACCACAUACAAACCAUCAAAAUGACGUCUCCCGAAGAUAUAUUAGACGAAGGAAUCAUAAAGUCACUAAAUUCACUAUCAAAAGAAUGGAGGGAAAUGGUAAUGGAGGCGUGGAUGGAUCUGUUCGAGCAGGAGACAGAAGAUACUGUGAAUGUUAUAGAGGAGUCCCGAAUGAUGAUACGGUCAACACUCCUCGAUUUCAAUUACGAAAACCAACAGCUUAAAAAUGAGGCUCGUCUGCUUGAGGAAAAACGAAAGCAGGAUGAUUUCAGCCAUUCACAAAUGAAAGGUCGAGAAUCAAAAAUGGAAGUCGACACACGACCAAAUAGUCGAAGUCUGGCUCAAAUACGUAACGAACGUGCCCAAAGCAGAGCACAGAGCCGUAUCGGCCGCAGUUGGGGCGAUUUGGCAGACCUCCGUAGAGAAAAAUCCUACAUGCGAAGUCCAACCACUCUAAGCGUUAGUGAAGUCAGACCAAGCAGGAGUCAAAACCGUAAUGAAGAGAGUUGGGGAGAACUAUCGGCUGGACGACCAGACAAAAUCAGGAGUCGUAGCCCGAGACCAGAGUCACGGCCAUUCAGUACUCUCAGUUCUGGCGAGCCAAUAUUGUCUCCUGAUCAGAUGAAGAAGGAGACAGAUAUGAUUAUUGGCGACAUGCAGAAUGCAGACUACAAGUUAAUGAAAGAGCGAGAGCGACAGGUGGAACAGAUGCUGAAACGUCGGGAAGAGAAAAUGGAGGAUAAGAAAAACGAACUAAGGAACCAGGCCCAAGCUAUCCUCAACAAAGCCAUCGAGAUGAGUAAUGCGGCUGCGUCUGAUAAGAAAAAGGUAGACUUACAGCUGCAGGCCAGACUGGACGCGCUGAAGAAAAACAAAAUGAGGCAAUCAAGCCGAGCAUCUCAUCACCACGAAGACAUGGAUGACAUUGAAGAAAUACAUAUGUGAUUAGAAGACCAUGUAUUUAUGGUUAUCAUUAUGGUGGUAUACGAUGAAGACGAAUCCACCUGCGAUCUGUAUGAAGUAAUUAUGACAACGACAUGAGUGUCAUAUUUCUGGUAAAGCGGAUUAUUUAUUGUGGUGACAAUUUCAGUUGGAAUCUGUUAUUGUAUGACAGAUUGUCUCUCAUUCAUACAAAGGGAGACAAUCCCAAUCGGGGAAUCCUAAAGACAUACUGAUAAUAACUGACCUUGUUGUAUAUGAAGAGUUCAUUCAGAAUUGUUUAGGACAAGAAGAGUGAUAAUGUAGAUUGACAUUACUAAGGACUUGCAAAUACUUUACAUACAUUUUAGCUUUACAGUUUCCAGCACUUUUAAUUUACGAUUAUCGGUUGAGGUGGUUCUAGAAUGAUAUCCUAUCCGCCUCGACACUCAAAACAUAACAUUAUAUACUAUUGAAGGGAACUGAGUAAUUGUAAUUCGAAUAUGUUUCCGAUCAAAAACCGUAAAUCCUGACCCGACUCAGCACUUAGAGAGGGUUGAUAUAACUCAAUUGUCCUUCAUUAAGUACAUCCUUAUUUUGUUUAAAAUACUAAUCUUACCAAUAUUACAGUCAGAAACCUGUCUUAUUUAUAUCUGUAUGACAACAGACAGGUUUCAGUGUAUAUACUCUCUUGUUGUAAUUGUCUUCUAUCAUUUAUUUUCAAUUUUAUCAUAUCCAAACAUUUUAAUGUUGUGUUUAACAUUUAAAUCAUUAAAUGGAAAACACUGCGCCCUGACAGAGUCUUAAUCCGUGGUUAGACAGGGCUGUACCAAUGUAAAUACCAUAAUAGAACUAUAUUUAGUACGUGUUCUUGCAAGUCAAUUUGUGAUUUUUCAUUUCUCAAUCUAUUAUAAAUAUACAUAUACAUGUGUAAAGCGUUUGAUAUAUAACCUUACCAUGGUUUCAUUAGACUGGCAUCUGUUUCUAGAAUAUUAAAAUCAUAAAUAUAAUUGUCUUUUGUGAUUUUGGUCUCUAGAAUAUUUCUGAUAAGUUUCAAACAAAGGGGAGAUAAGCUUAUAUUAGAAUUAAGCUUAGCACUUCGUAACAAACGUAGUGACUGGUGGCCAGUCUACGGUUUUGAUCAAUAUUUCUUAACUAUUUUUUUUUCAUCGAAAGUAAUUAUUGGAUUUAAAGAAGUAAUCUAAGCUAGGAUACUUUACUUAAGUUUUGUAAUGUUUUGAAUGAAAAUUGUAACUUUUUGGAAUGUAUUUAAAGUAAGGAAUACGGAUGAAACCUGGGUGGUAUGAUCAGUUGAACGGGUCAGUAUCUUUUAAUCAUCGACAUGUGGUGUCUAUUGUUAUCCAGUCAUUUCAUAAAUAAAAUAUUAUUUCUACACUU